GACCGGUCGGUUUCGAUUUAUGAGGAACGCCAAACACUCCGACAUUGACAUUGUUAUGUGACGCACAAUCGACAAUGGCCAUUAUGUACACCUUCUGUUUCUGCCUUUCGGUACGGCUCGGAUCGCUCAUCGUCGGGCUUUUUUCAAUGUUCAAAUACAUCGUUUUUGUCAUUCUGGCCGUAAUUUGGGCCAACAUGCCUAUCCAAGAGACGAGGAAGUUUCUUAAACCUUACAUGGAAGAUCAAAACCUGCUUUUCAUAUCGGACCAAGCAAAAUUACUAAAUGAAGAUCCCAGGCUAUACAGCUACAUCACACUAUUUAUAUUAGUUUUGCAGUUGCUCAGCACCUUCGGAGAGCUGCAUGGAGCUUAUUAUUGCCAUAAGUAUUGGCUAUUACCGUUUGUAGUCUUGGAGGCCAUACACCAACUGUUUAUUACUUUCCUCUUCAUCACGAUGAUGAUGCUGAUUAAGGAAAAUUCUCAAGACCUGGGCCUGCUGAUCAGCACUACCCUGGCUGGCUCUUUUACCACUAUUUUCCUCUUUUACUGUUUGGCCUGCGUGAUUGCUCUUUUCCAGAGCCUAAAAGAGCUCGGGUUGGACGGGCUUCCCGGAAAGAAGAAACCUGUUAUUCAAGGGCAGGAAAAGAAGCCUAACGAGAACAGCGGAAUUAGUAGAGACCUGGUACCGUACCUCAACGAGUUUCGAAGGUACACGAGGUACCCUGGUUACAGAGCGCCUAGUUACCCUCAGCCGGCCGGUUACGGUCAGCUAAUCGCACCGAUUUACUGAAUUUCCAAUUAAAAUCCAAAAAUAAAAUAAAAUUAUUGUUUAUGUUGUAAUGUUUGCGCCAUUUUCCUUU